GGCGCGAGUAGAUUGCGCACGCUGUUGCCCCAAGUCGACGUCGACACGCUGCUCCGAGCUGCCCCGAGGGCGACCUUCGACGGUCGCUUUAUACACACUCCGUUGGAAGGGGGCUCGCCGUGGUGCGCGCGUUCUGUCCGUGGGCCGAUUAGCCAAUCUAGCCCCAGUCCGACAACGGUUUCGCUAGACUGAGAGGCUGCAUUUGGGAAAUGCGAACCUUGCGUCGGAAUCAGAGUUCACAGUGAAAGUUGAACUGUACGAGUGCAAAGUGUACCCCCGGCUGGCGAUAACGCUGUGAUACCGAAGUAACGGCCGCGAUCGCUCGUUUGCCACACAAUGACCGACCAAAACGAAGCGUCAUCGCCGUCGGUCGUGCCGCUGACGGAGGACGAUCCGGAACAGGCGCCACCGAAAGACAAAGGCCUGUGGCGUGAUCUGGUCGCGUACUGGAUACUGGGCCUGUGCAACAACUACGGCUACGUGGUCAUGCUGACGGCGGCACACGAUAUUUUGAAGGAGCUGGAAGGGAACGACGGCGAUCACGGGAAAAGCGUUCAGAACGAAUACAUAACACUCAACACGACAGCCCGCUCGGAUGAUGUUACGUUCGGUUAUACGGCGAGACCGUGCAACAAACUUUCCACCGGUGCAAUCCUGCUCGCGGACAUCCUGCCGGCGUUGGUCGUCAAAUCGGUGGCCUCGUUCCUGCCGCUCGCCAAGCAUGUGCGCAUUUUCCUGUGCGUUGCCGCUGCGGCCGCCGGCUUCCUGCUGACGGCGUUCGCCACCGUCGAGUGGGUACUGUUCCUCGGUGUGAUAGCGACCUCGUUCUCGUCCGGGCUCGGCGAGGCCACCUUCCUGGCGUACGCGACGUACUUCAACAAAAAUGUUAUUUCCACGUGGUCUUCCGGGACGGGUGGCGCAGGAAUCGCUGGCUCGCUCUCCUACACGGGCCUAACCGAGCUCGGGCUCACACCGAAGACAACCAUUCUGAUCAUGCUGGUAGUGCCGGCGCUUGAGGCGGCCGCUUUCUGGUUGCUGCUACGGCACAAGGACACCGACAAGCCAGCCGAGCCGGAGGAGGCCAAGGAGAAGGUGGAGGAGAUUGACUACAGUACGCUGCCGGAGGAUGAGCGACCGCUGGAGAACUGGAGUCAGCGCAUCCGGUACAUUCCGUCGCUGUUCAUCUUCAUGAUUCCGUUGAUAUUGGUGUAUCUGCUGGAGUACUACAUUAAUCAGGGGCUGUUUGAGCUGGUGUACUUCCCCGGUAUCUGGCUCUCGCAGUCGGGCCAAUAUCGCUGGUACCAGGUAAUCUACCAAAUCGGUGUGUUCAUUUCGCGCUCGUCGGUCAACCUUAUCCAGUUCCGGCACGUGUGGAUCAUGGCCGUGUUCCAGUUCCUGAACGUGGUGUACUUCACGUUCGAAGCGAUCUACUACUUCACACCCUCGAUCUGGAUCAUCUUCGUGCUGAUUCUCUGGGAGGGCCUGCUCGGCGGCGGUGGCUACGUGAACACGUUCUAUCGCAUCCAGACGGAUGUACCUGCGGCGCGGCGCGAGUACGCCAUGAUGGUGACGUCCAUCUCGGACUCGGUCGGUAUUGCGUUGGCCGGCGUCGCUGCCAUACCAUCGCACAAUGCGAUCUGUGAUCUCCCGGUGCCCGAUCGGUUAUUGUAGUGUCGACGGGAAUGGGGAGACCAGUCCAAUGCUCGACUGAUAACAUCCAAUGUACAGGAAAUAGAGAAUAUAUAAGUAAGACGAUGUAUAUCACAA